AUGGUAACAUUUGCUAUAGCAGGAACGAUGCACGGGUUACACCACCUCAUGCUUCUUGGGAAUGAAAUGACUAAUGAAGGGUUGAGUGCAAUUCUUGAUGGUUGUCCUCAUCUUGAGUCACUUGAUUUGCGACAGUGUUUGAAUCUGACAUUGGAGGUAAAUCUGGGUAGAAGAUGCGUCGAACGAAUUCAAAAGAAAUUUGUUUACUGGAUUUCUUUAUUUGUGACAUUGCUAACAUAUGCAACGAAAACAUUUCAUAGAUCAAGGGGAAUCAGGCGCCUCCGACUAUUGAAUUGCAGUGGAGUAUCAAGUGAGGGAUUGGCUGAAGUGGCUCUGAAACUUCUGUUGUUGGAGGAACUUGACAUUACUCUAUGCGCUAACAUCUCACAUGAAGCUAUAAGAGUGAACAAAAAAAAUGCACUUUUUCCUUUUAAAGAGUACAAUGGAGACGCAUUUGCUAUAGCAGAAACAAUGAGAGGUUUACACCACCUCCAGCUUUUUGGGAAUAAGUUGAGAGAUGAUGGCUUGAGAAAUAUUCUUGAUUCUUGUCCCCAUCUUUGUUCCCUUGAUCUACGACACUGUUUUACUCUUAAUCUGGACGGAGACUUGGAUAGAAUUUGUGCUGAACGAAUUGAAAAACUGUGGCUUUCCCCAUAUGAUUCCGCCGAGGGCAAAGAUUUUGUUGCUAGUAUUGAAUAUUGGCUUUAA